UUCAAAACAGUUACAUAACAUAUUGUUUCAUUUUGGUUUAAGCUCCUUGCAGGAGAGUAGCGUUCCUUAAAAUUAGCAGAUUGAUGGUGGCUGCUGUAGCAUUUUCUGUAUUGUUUCGGUCAGCAGCAGGCUGAGAGGAACAAGCCCACCACCACCACAACACUCAUAUUACAACAUGUAGUCUAUCACAUGCGCAUUUGAUUCUGCAUUCAGACUCGAAAGGUUCGGGCUGGUUUUCAGGACGUUGGUUUAACAGAGAAAGGGAGACCCGGACAAAAUUUCUCCGCGUGAUUUAUUGACGUUUGGUCGAUCGCUGCCGAAGCAUCUUUUAUCUGCUGCUGUCUGCCUCAGCAAGCGCACAGACCAUAUGCGCGAGCGGGGAAGUUAAGACAUGCCAGUCCCGAUUUCUCCCGAGAUCUCAUCGAGCCGGCUGGACGGUCUGAGUGAUAGUGUCUCCAUCAUGAGGCUUCUGUUAAAGAACCUGGAUAAAAUGAGAUGUUUACGCAAGCGUGCAACCAUCCCCUUUUUGGUGAUUCUCAUCACUUUUCUGCUCUUCAUGAACCUUUACAUGGAGGAUGGCUAUGUGCUGGAGGAGGAUAAACGGCAGCUGAGGGAGGUUUCGAUGCACCCGCUAAAUUCUGAACGAUAUGUUCACACCUUCAAAGACAUCACCAAUUUUUCUGGAACCAUUAACGUGACAUAUCGCUACCUUGCUGGGACACCGUUGCCUCGAAAAAAGUACCUCACGAUUGGGUUGUCAUCAGUGAAAAGAAAACGAGGAAAUUACCUUUUGGAGACCAUUAAAUCAAUUUUUGACCAGUCCAGCUAUGAAGAGCUCAAAGAGAUUGUAGUUGUGGUUCACUUAGCGGAUUUUGACCUGGCUUGGUGUGAGAGUUUGGUUCAGGAGAUCACACGCAAAUUUGGACAUCACAUAAUUGCUGGACGUCUACUGGUUAUUCAUGCGCCUGAGGAAUACUACCCGUCUCUUGAUGGGCUGAAGCGAAACUACAACGACCCUGAGGAUAGAGUUCGGUUCCGUUCCAAGCAGAAUGUAGACUAUGCUUUCCUCCUCAACUUCUGCACCAACCUCUCCCACUUCUAUAUGAUGCUAGAGGAUGAUGUGCGAUGCUCACGGAAUUUUCUCACUGCUCUAAAGAAAGUAGUCACUUCCAGAGAGGGGUCGUACUGGGUCACGCUGGAGUUCUCCAAGCUGGGCUACAUCGGGAAGCUUUACCACUCUAGGGAUCUUCCCAGACUUGCACACUUUCUGCUCAUGUUCUAUCAAGAGAUGCCUUGUGAUUGGCUGCUGAUUCAUUUCCGAGGCCUGUUGGCCCAGAAGGAAGUGAUUCGCUUCAAGCCAUCACUUUUCCAACACAUGGGCUACUACUCAUCAUACAAGGGGGCUGAAAAUAAACUGAAGGAUGAUGACUUUGAGGAGGACUCACUCGAUAUCCCAGACAACCCCCCUGCCACACUGUACACUAACAUCAAUGUGUUUGAGAGCUAUGAUGCUGCCAAAGCUUACAGCAGUGUGGAUGAGUACUUCUGGGGCAAGGCUCCUUCCACUGGGGACUUUUAUGUCAUAGUGUUCAACAAGCCGACAAAAAUCAGCAAAAUUAAAAUCAGCACUGGAACAGAUGACCGUCAGAAUGACAUUUUGCAUCAUGGAGCAUUAGAAGUUGGAGAGAAACUGGUGGGAACAAAAAAAGGCAGGCAGUGCUCCACCUACAUCACGUUAGGAGAAUUUAAACAUGGGAACAUUGAGGUUCACAAUGUGGACCAUAAAAUUGCUUUUGAUAUUGAGUGCGUUCGCAUUGUGGUCACAGCAAACCAGAAGGAAUGGCUGAUUAUCAGAAGUAUAAGCCUGUGGACUACUCAGCCUCCAAAUCAGUGAGAACUGCUGUAGAUCAUUACAACAACUAUCAUACAAAUGGCACAACAAUCAGUCAUUGAGUUUGCUUGGUAUAUUUAUCUAUUUAUUUUUGGUUUAGUACUAUUUAUUAUCUUUACUAUUUAUUUGAUUAUUUAUUCAUUUUUAUAUAAGAUCCCUUCGGUUUUGCUUCAUACCCUAAGUAUGUAUACAAAAAUAUGUGAUGAACUGAUAGAUUGUUAUUUUUCUGACUCUUCGUUAAUAAGAACACUGUAGGCUUAUGCUGUUUUGUAUGUGAUUAUGCCAUAAGCUCUUCAGCAGUCUGAUUGCUGGUUCCAUCAUUUGGCAGUGGCAUUUUCACUCAUAGCCUUGGGAUGUCCACUUACAUUCUCAUGAUAUGGUAAAGCUGCUUGAUAAACUGUAAACAUACAAAGAUUUGUUAUUUGAUAUUUCCUUUCAUCUCAUUUCCUUUCAUUAUAUCAUCCAAUCGCAAGCAUAUGGUCAAUGUGGAAUUGAAUAUACAAUGUAUUGUGGCAUGAAUUUAGUCGACUGCACUUCACAUUGUCUCCCCACUAAAUGGUAAAAGGAAUGUCAUUUGUUCAAUCGACCUUGGCCCUGAAGGGUCACCUUUAGUCUAGUGUUUUGAAAUUGCAGUGUGUAAUUUGUUGGUGUGUUCCUUCAGAAGCAUGAACCACAACACAGUGUUUUUAUUCACCCAUCUUAGAAGGCUUGUGAUUGAACAGUACAGUGACAAAUGAGGUGGACCUGUUCUACCGUCCACUCAUUCUUUUCGCCCCUCUUUUGCCUCAGCACAAUUUUGCCCAAGUAAAUUGGAUUUUGUUUGGUUUUCUUGCUGUAUCCAAAGAUACACCAGCUACAGAUAGGCUCUGUAUUAUAUAUAAAAGGAUAUAUUAUAGGAUAUAUUCUGUUAUAUAUAUAAAAGGAAAAUGACCAAGUACCUAUGAAAAUACAGCAUGCUUAUCUAAAAAUGAUUGAUGUUAUGCUCAAAAAUAGUAGUAUUAUGGUAUAGUAGUAGAGGAAAAUCUCUUCACUCACAUCUUACCAAUGUGCAUAUCAGGUUGCUCCAGUUUUCCUUCUGGAUAAAAUAAUUUUUAUCCUAGCAACCAAGCAAGUAUUAUUACAAAACAAUCUCUUUUUUUUUCAAUUGCUGUUUUUCUCCAAAGAAAAGCACAGGUCCUCUUUCAGAGAGCUACCUGAGGAAUUGAUGGUUUCGUUUUCCAAUUGAAUUAUACGAUUACUGGAAGGUGUUUGCUGACUCAAUAAUGAAACACAUGAAAACACAUCACUCAACAGUGCAUGAGCCAGGGAAGACUAUUGCAUUGUGAGUAAGCCUGUUUUAUUACUUGUCUCCAAACUGUCUGCUUUGAAUUCGACCAGCAACGUACUGUACUAAGUUUGGUAUAAUUAGUCCAAAUACUACUGCAGUGUACAUCUCUCUCAGAGUGUACUGCAUCGGUCUGUAAGUGAAGAGAAUGCUUGAUGAUGUAUAUUUAUGUUGUAUUUCAUCACCACAUUGUUUGUCAUAUGGUACUGUAUGUAUAUUGUAAAAUGACGUAUAUUUUUUUACAUGUAUCAUUAGAAUUGUUUGCCUUGUAUAUUGUAUCUGAAGUGUUGAAACAAGAAUGCCAUUUGAUCUGGAAAAAAAAAACAUGAACCUA